ACAUGGAGGUCACGGCUCUCUGCAUCCGACUGUCAAUGACUGUGUUGUUCCUGCUGUGUGCUCUGGAUCAGAAAGUUGGUUCAGUGUUUCCUCGUGUCGUCGCAAACAGACUGCAGCUCUUUGAAUACGAGUCUCUAAUUGUCCAUUGUGAAGGACUCAAAGGGGAACAACUCACAUGUAGAACCCGUAAGCUGAACUCAAUGGGGUCUUCCUGCAUCAUUAAAAAUGCUUUUCCAGAAGACAGCGGAGAGUACUGGUGUGAGACUGGAGCGGUAAAGAGCAGCAACAGCGUCACCAUCACUGUCACUGCUGGCUCAGCGAUCCUGGAGAGUCCUGUGCUUCCUGUGGCGGAGGGAGACGCUGUCGCUCUGCGCUGCAGAGACAAGACGUCCUCCAACAUCACGGCUGCUUUCUAUAAAGACGGCCUCCUCAUCAGGAGCAACUCUACAGGAAACAUCACCAUCCGCAGUGUUUCUAGGUCUGAUGAAGGACUCUACAAGUGCAGAAUCCCUGAUGGUGAAGAAUCAGCAGAGAGCUGGCUGACUGUCAGAGGUAAAACAUAGACUAGUCCGUCCUCCUCCAGUCCGUCCUCCAGUUCUGCCCCAUGGAUCGUUGUCACUGUUUUGCUGAUGGUUCUGCUGUUGGCGAUCGGACUACUUUACUUUGGCAGAGAUUAUUGUCACAGAGCUUUGCUCUACCUGUCCACACUAACACUUGGACCAGGCUCAGCUCCGGAUCAAGCAGGUGAGUACACAAACCAUGCAUCACUGUACUGCUAUAUUGUUGGCGUCCUAAAGUAA